AUGUGUUUCACGGACGAGCCGACGAAGCCUGGUGUUACUAACCCCGAGCGUAGUAUGCAGAUCUUUUCAGUUAAAGUUGAGAAAAUAUAUGGGGAUUUACAUUGGCCGCUGAAUGUGUUUGGCAUCGUUGCUGUGAGGGAUGACCUGGAUCACCUUCGCAAUAUUAUCUUUGAGCACAAAAGGGAUAACUGUCAAACUAUCAAUGAGGAGGAUCCACAUUUAGUAUUAACAGGUCCUGCCCGUGCUCCUGUGACUCUUUUUGGGCCUAUGCAUUUCGAUAUCACGCUGAAAGUGAAAUGCAGCAAUGAGUUAGAGGACAAAGAUCUAAGCCUGCUAGGCUUUCGCUACGAGUGCUGCGAGUCGAUCAAUUAUCAAGCGAGGGAACGCCAGCCAGCAAAACAACAAACGCACGCUACGGCCACGGAGCGAACUGGACCGCCACGCGCUGCAGGGGAACUUGAAGUGGCGGCGCCCUUCUUCUCCCGCACGGCGAGGAGGCAGCCGGAGGGCAGCGUACAACGGCGCGGUGGCGCCCUUUUCGGGCACGGUGUGGGAGCGGACGGUGGCGCCUCCGCCAUAGGAAUGGGCGGCGCGCGGAAAAGUGUGCCAUUCAUCAAACAAAAAGAAAGAUGUGCUAUUUUAUCAAGGUACGAGGAAAAGCGUGCUACCGCCGCCCCUUGCCCGCUGCCCAAGCUCUCGAAGCUGUCCCAGCAGAAGGAGAAUUUGCCAGAGGAGCCAAAGCAACACCAUCCUGCUCAAGCUGCAGUCUCAUCCGCUGCUUCCAGGGGGAGGAGCCGAGCUGCAUGUGCUUCCAAGGAGAGGAGCACUCCUGAAGGUAUCAACAUGGAGGAACAUGGAUUUAGGUUUCAGUUUACUUUCCCUGAACCUGAUUAUGGGGAGUACGGCGCCGAUUUCGGUGAGGAAGAGGAGUGUUUACCGAGGCAGAGGAAACCUCCGGAAGUAAGGAAUGCACUCCGUGAGAAGAGAGUCGCGUUUAGGCAAAAGACUGGGCAGCACCAUACAAAAGACUGGGCAGCCCUGCGUAAGUACAACAGAGCAAACAACACCAAGUUUGAGCUGGUGGAGGUGCCAGUAAUCCGUGAGUUUUGGGAGUUUGGAGGGGGCUGCAUCCAUUACAACUUCACGGCUAAGCAAGCAGAGGAUCGUCAUCAUUCUGCUAAUGCCGAUAGCACCAAGCUCUUCUUCUCUGAGGUCAACUCCGCUUUCCAUGGCGAGAAGGAUGUAGUUCUAUGCUGUAUCGUUGGAGAACAUGAUAAUGGGCAUUGCUACGGCUGCGAAGGCUUCAAGCCAACCGUUGUUCACCCUAGCAGCCAAGCUUAUGGCGGUGGUAGUAGUACUUGCAUUGAUUUUGCUCGUUCAGACGGAAGCUCAGAGAGUGAUUAA